CACGAGAGAACAAGAGAAGCACACGAUUUUGCGAUGGCCGAGCCCACCGUCGGCGUCUGCUGGACGCGCAACAUGGUCACCUUCGCGCUCGACAAGCCCGGCUUCGGCCUCGUCCCUCACGAGUGGGGCGAGCUCCACACGUCGGUCGCGACGCUGCUGCUCUCGGGCGAGGUUGGCGUGGGCAGCUGCGUCUUCACCGAGGCGCCGCGCCACGUCGUCGACCGGGCGAUGCGCCUCUGGACGGCGAAGCGGCCGGGGCUGCAGGCCGCGCACAGCGCGCCGCACUACGGCGUGGAGGGAGUGCCGUCGGGCUCGCUCUUCGACUUCGUGCUGCCGACGUCGGACGCGCGGUCGCUGCUCGCGGGCGCCGCAGAGGCCAUCGGGGAGGGCGGCCAAGUGUCCGCCAUGCUGACCAAACUCGAGUCUGCCAACUUUCGAAACAAGUCCUCCCUCGCCACCAAGCUCCUCUCCCGCACGGGGCGCCUCGCCAACCUCGCCGCCGCACCCUUCAACGUGACCCUCUUCCUCGACGACGACACCUUCUUCUGCCCGCCCCCCCUCCCCUACACCGCCACCCGCGCCGCCGCCUUCGAAGCCGCGCGCCUCCGAAGCCGCCACGCCGCCGGUAUCGAGCCUGCCUCCGGCCGCGGCGGCAAGGUGCAGCCGCGGUGUACGAAGCGCUGCCAGCGCGCCCACCAGGCCGAGUUCGAGCGCCGCAUGACACGCCUUGACUCGGAGCCUGUGCGAGGGAAAGCCUCGCCGAGCUGCUCCGCGCUUCGGCGGGCCGCUCGGGCGAGAGGGGCCGUCGGCGCGGCUCGUCGAGCGGCAGCUGUGGAAGCGAGCGGUGGACAAGGGGUACAAUGCCACCGCCGAGGCGUGGAGCCAGGAGGCGCUGGCGCGCUGCCUCGCGACCGAACCUCGCUGCGCCGCCAACCGGCAAUCUUGCCUCGCCUCGGGCUGGGCUGCCGACGGCUGCGCCGGCUGCUUGGUCGCGUGCGAGGUCAGUCAGUGUCAGUGUGUGACACACACCUCCUAGCAUGGAGGACGGGCCACACGCACACACACACACGCUGCACACGAUUGGCUCGGGAGCCGACACGAGGCACACUGCCACCGGCCGUAGCACGAGGUGCUCAGAAUUAAUCACUCCGCUCCUGAUUCAUCAUCUCGUGAGGUGAAUCAAUCAGUAUCACGGCCGUAUCACG